AUGCGUAACGGCAAGUCCUGGGGCAUGCCAAAACACCUCCUCAACGAGGGCAACACCAGAUCCAGCCAGAGACAUACGCUCGCCAGAGCCCUGCAGGAAGCUACCACAUCCUGUUCCGGGGACGAGCUGGUUACCAAGCUCAUGGAGAAGUUCCUGGUCGUAAAGCAUAGAGAGGAGGACGUCCGGUUUCCAGACUACCUCGACCCAACCCGUCCGGAAUUGGACGAAUACUUCACCGUGGGGGAAAUUAGACAAGCCAUUUUUGCGUUUAACGGCAAGUGUGCGCCAGGUGCCAACAGAAUCACCAACAGGAUGCUGCGGAACCUUGAAGACCAUUCGAUCGGAAACCUCACCGAGAAGACCAACGAUACGUGGAAAAAUGGCAGCGUCCCAGAGCAAUGGAAGACCGCCAACGUCGUCCUGAUCCCUCAACCCGGCAGGGCUCCCAACGUGGACAGCCUCCGACCCAUCACUCUCACCUCCUGCGUCGGGAAAGUAGUCGCAAGGCAAGUGCAUUGA